GUGGCAGUCACUGGAUCAUUGAAUUUAAAUAUCGCUCACCACUAGUAUCGAGUAUAAUCGGCUCGGCCAAACUGCUACGUCAAGACGAUAGCUUUCGUUGGCAAUCGUUGCUAUCGAUGCUUUUUACAUCCUUACUGGAAGCUCAAUCUAACGAAUUGAUUUUUCUCAAAAAAUAAAAAAUAAUAAUAACGUUAAAAAGUAGCGUAUUGCUUCGUAAACGACAUACCCAAUCGAAAGAAUAUUUGAAGGCGGCUGACUAAUAAAGAUGACAACUUCUCAGGUUGACCAGAACACAAACAUUGAAUUACAGAAACGUGCCCAAAUCAAGCUGAAGCACGACCUGGAACCAUUUCGCAAUGCCAUUGUGGGUGCCUAUGGCGUUCUAACUUGGGAAAAGCAAUACUAUGCCGGUGUUGUUUUUGGAGCAAUCAGUAUCUUGUAUCUGUUGCUCUGGUACAUGGAUUUGUCAUUCAUAACGCUAUUCUCUUUGUUGGCACUGCUGGCAUUCUUCAUGGACUUUGUUAUUCCAGUGCUAUCGCGCUUGGUCUCUAGCGGUGGCAAAUGGGAUGGCGAACAGGAGGCCAAGUUUGAGGAAGUCUGUGGACAAUUGUACGGCAUUAAGUCCGGUAUCGCCGACUGGUAUGACUAUCUGUUCAAGGAGCGCAAACCAACAUUGGUUGUGAUUGUCAUAAGCCUUGGACUAUUGGCUCUGGCUUGGGUUGGUGCCAUCAUUAACAAUUUAUUGUUGAUGUACUGUGCCACUGUGUUGGUUGCCAUGUGGCCGGGAUUAAAUGAAAAGGAUGUAUUCAAAUCCAUUAUCCAGAAAGCUUCUAAAAUAGUCAAUGACAAAAUUCAGUACGGCAAAAAGAAGCUACAGUAAAUUGAUUUUAAUUAUUUAUUUGAUUAUAAUAUGCAUUAUUAAAUAAAACUUGGUAUGCACACACACAUACACACACGUACACACGCACAAAGACACACUCAUAAGUCACCUACAUUCGACCAAAAACCACGUAACUAAGUCAUAUAUACUUGCCAUUUUCAAAACAUUACAUUACAUUAUAUUUAGUAAUAUCAUAAAAGCCAAGUAUACUAUGCGCAUAUUAAGAGUAUUAUCAUCCAUCUAAUAAUGUAAAGCCAUGACUUAAACAUAAGAUAUUUUGGAUUCCUAUACGUCACCACAUUUCUAACUUUAAGUUUGUAUUGUGUAUGUUGUAUGGGGCCCUAAGAAUCUCAAAGAAAAGACAUUUUUGUGAUUAAUUUGUGAGUUAGUUGAAAUUUUAUGAUAAUCCUGCAUAAGUAUACAAGCUUAGGCGUCUACUUAUAACACAUACAUAUUUAAAUAAAGUUUUCAAAU